ACUCUAGUUACGUCAUAAAAAUCUUUAUUAUCUCCAGGGCAACCCUGAAAGCGAUUCUGUCGCGCUUGUAAUCUCGGAUCCUUGAAUUUCCUCAUACAUAUCCCAUUUUCAUUUCCCCUCCUUUCCUCCUUGCUUUUUUUAUAUUCGCCAAGAGAGAUACGUUCUCACCUUAGGAGACGGGAUAUCGAGAAUAUAUGGAAAACGAAAUAUGUACUUUUUAAGCACGCACUUCUGGGGACCGGUGUUCAACUGGAUGAUACCCAUAGCGACCAUAGCCGACACGCAAAAGCAUCCGAGGAUCAUUAGCGGCGAAAUGACUUUGGCAUUGGCACUCUAUUCCAUGGUAUUCAUGAGAUUCGCGGUCAGAGUGCAGCCACGAAAUUUGUUGCUGUUCGCGUGUCACUUCGUCAAUAGCUGUGCACAACUCACACAAGGCUACAGGUAUCUCGACUACCACCAUAUCUCGAAAAGUGUACUCCAAGACCAAGACAGAGGAAAGUGACCUUUUACUUUUAAUUUUAGUAGCUUUUAUUUUUAAUUUUAUUUUUAAACUACUGUACAUUUUAAUAAAACUGUUCUAUAUUUUAUUUAUGCUCCUUCAUUUACAAUUUCGAAUUCAGUACUUAAUAUUCAGUAAUAGAAUGAACGGUACUCUUGCACUUCUGUGACGAGUAUGGUCAAACACUUCUCU